GGUUUUUUGGUUUAACGGUUUCAAUCGUUCAAGAAUAAGCGAAAUAUAUUAUAAUGUUGGACGUCGUUUUAGGCUCCCAAUGGGGGGAUGAAGGUAAAGGAAAGUUGGUGGACAUUUUAUGUGACGACAUCGAUGUUUGUGCUAGAUGUCAAGGAGGUAAUAACGCCGGGCAUACCAUCGUUGUAGAUGGAGUCAAAUACGAUUUCCACUUGUUGCCCUCAGGAUUGGUCAACCCUAAAUGCUUGAACUUGAUUGGUUCGGGUGUGGUUGUCCAUGUCCCUUCUUUAUUCGAAGAGUUGGAAAACUUGGAGAAAAAGGGCUUAUUCUGCAGAGACAGAUUAUUCAUAUCUUCCAGAUGUCAUUUGGUAUUUGACUUCCAUCAAAGAACUGAUAAGUUGAAGGAAGCCGAAUUAUCUGCCACCAAGAAAUCGAUCGGUACCACCGGUAAAGGAAUUGGUCCUACUUAUUCCACCAAGGCUUCCAGAUCUGGUAUUAGAGUCCACCAUUUGGUGAGCGAAGAGCCUGGUGCUUGGGAUGAGUUCAAGGUUAGAUACCAACGUUUGGUUGAGUCGCGUUACAAGCGUUACGGGGACUUUGACUAUGAUGUGGAAUCUGAAUUAAAGAAGUACGAAGGAUACCGUGAAUUGUUAAAGCCGUUUGUGGUGGAUGCGGUUGACUUUGUUCACAAGGCCAUUGCUGACGACAAAAAGAUUUUGGUGGAAGGUGCCAACGCAUUGAUGUUGGAUCUUGACUACGGUACUUACCCAUACGUGACUUCUUCUGCCACUGGAAUUGGUGGUGUGUUGACUGGUUUAGGUGUUCCUCCUAGAACUAUCAACAACGUUUAUGGGGUGGUAAAGGCCUACACUACCAGAGUUGGUGAAGGUCCAUUUCCAACUGAGCAGUUGAAUGAAGUUGGUGAAACCUUGCAAGAUGUGGGUGCCGAAUUCGGUGUUACUACUGGUAGAAAGAGAAGAUGUGGAUGGUUAGACUUGGUUGUCUUGAAGUAUUCCAAUUUAAUCAACGGCUACACUGCUUUGAACAUCACUAAAUUGGACGUGUUGGACAAGUUCAAGGAUAUCAAGGUUGGUGUUUCUUACUCGUACAAGGGUAAGACCUUGUCGAGUUUCCCCGAGGAUUUGACUCUUUUGGGUAAGGUUGAAGUAGAGUAUGUGACUUUACCAGGUUGGGAAACUGAUAUCACCAAGGUCAAGAACUAUGAUGAUUUGCCAGAAAACGCCAAAAAGUACUUGGACUAUAUCGAGACUUUUGUUGGUGUGCCUGUGAAAUGGGUGGGUACUGGUCCUGCUCGUGACUCUAUGUUGAAGAAACACUAGAUAUAUAGAGAAUGAUAUAAAUACACGUUCCGUUUA